ACCACUACCACCACCGUCUUCCGUCACACAAACUCCUUUUAUCCAUCCAAAAGUCGUCGUGGAUCUGAUCAGAUCCGUGACUCUCAAUCAAGCCUCUGUGCAAUGGAGGAGGCUCUUGAAAUGGCACGCGCCAAGGACACCAAAGAGAGAAUGGCCGGAGUAGAGAGGCUUCAUGAACUUCUAGAAGCUUCGAGGAAGAGUUUGUCGUCUUCGGAAGUCACUGCUCUUGUUGAUUGUUGCUUGGAUCUCUUGAAGGACAACAAUUUUAGGGUUUCUCAAGGGGGUUUACAGGCUCUUGAUUCUGCUGCGGUUCUUUCUGGUGAACAUCUGAAGCUUCAUUUUAAUGCCCUAGUUCCUGCUACCGUCGAGCGUCUCGGUGAUGCUAAGCAGCCUGUUCGCGAUGCGGCUCGGCGCCUCUUGCUAACUCUCAUGCAGGUUUCAUCACCAACUCUGAUUGUUGAAAGAGCUGGAUCUAAUGCUUGGACUCACAAAAGCUGGAGGGUUAGAGAAGAGUUUGCAAGAACUGUCACCUCUGCUAUUGGUCUAUUUGCAUCAACAGAGCUACCUCUGCAACGUGCAAUUCUUCCUCCUAUAUUACAGAUGUUAUAUGACCCUAAUCCAGGUGUGAGAGAAGCGGCUAUUUUAUGCAUCGAGGAGAUGUACGCUCAAAUUGGGCCUCAAUUUUAUGAAGAACUCCAGCGCCAUCAACUUCCAUCAUCAAUGGUAAAAGAUAUCAAUGCCAGACUAGAGAGGAUUGAACCAAGACAACGCUCUUCAGAUAUACGCGUUAAUACUUAUGCUCCUCCUGGUUCCAAGCAAUCUAAUCUUAAUCCCAAAAGAAGCAGCCCGAAGGCCAAGACAUCCUCUCGUGAAGUAUCUCUUUUUGGAGGGGAUAGUGAUAUCACUGAAAAGCCUGUAGACCCAAUUAAAGUGUAUUCUGAAAAGGAGCUGAUCCGUGAGUUUGAGAAGAUUGCUUCAAUCCUUGUUCCAGAGAAAGAUUGGUCUAUCCGCAUUGGAGCCUUGCAAAGAGUUGAAGGCCUUGUUAUUGGAGGUGCAACUGAUUAUCCAUGUUUCCGUGGACUUCUAAAGCAACUUAUUGGUCCUUUAAGUACACAAUUAGCUGAUAGAAGAUCCAGCAUUGUUAAGCAGGCUUGCCACUUAUUAAACUUUCUAUCCAAGGAGCUGCUGGGAGAUUUUGAGGCAUGUGCAGAGAUGUUCAUCCCGGUCCUUUUCAAACUUGUCGUGAUAACUGUACUUGUGAUUGCAGAGUCCGCGGAUAACUGCAUUAAAACGAUGUUGCGUAACUGCAAAGUUGCCCGCAUACUUCCUCGUGUGGCUGAUACUGCAAAACAUGACCGAAGUGCGAUACUUCGUGCCAGAUGUUGUGAGUAUGCUUUGUUGAUACUGGAAUAUUGGGCAGAUGCACCUGAGAUACAACGGUCAGCUGACCUUUAUGAAGAUCUUAUUAAAUGUUGUGUGGGAGAUGCAAUGAGCGAGGUACGAUCAACUGCUAGGGCUUGCUACAGAAUGUUCUCGAAAACUUGGCCUGAUCGUUCCCGGCGCUUAUUUUCAUUGUUUGAUCCUGUUAUUCAAAGGAUAAUAAAUGACGAGGAUGGGGGUAUGCACCGGCGCCAUGCAUCACCCUCAGUCCGCGAGAGAAAUCCACAAACAUCGCUUAGUACUCAAAAUUCGGCUUCUUCAAAUCUACCUGGAUAUGGAACUUCAGCUAUUGUUGCAAUGGACAGAAAUCCAAGUUUACCUUCUGUGGCCUCUCUCACAUCUGGGCUUUUUUCAUCACAACCAAAGUCCGUUGGUAAGGGAACAGAACGCAGCCUUGAAAGUGUGUUGCAUGCUAGCAAACAGAAAGUUACUGCCAUUGAGAGCAUGCUUAGAGGUUUAGAUUCCGGGAGAGUUAGAUCAUCCAGUUUGGAUCUAGGAGUGGACCCACCUUCGUCUCGUGAUCCACCAUUCCCUCUUGCUGCUCCUGCUUCCAAUAGUCUCACCAGUUCUUUAUCAUUAGAUACAACUACUUCUGGUAUCUCAAAAGGUAACAAUCGUAAUGGUGGCUUGGUCUUGUCAGACAUCAUCACUCAGAUUCAGGCUUCAAGGGAUUCUGCUAAGCACUCAUAUCGUGGUAAUGUUGGAAAUGAGACUUUGUCAUCACUUUCAUCCUACUCAACAAGAAGAGCUUCUGAAAAACUUCAAGGAAGAAGCUCUUUUGAAGAUAACAAUGAUAUCAGGGAGGUCAGACGGUCAGUGAAUUUGCAUACAGAUAGACAGUACUCGGACACACCAUACAGAGAUUCACACUUCAGGGAUUCACAUAGUAGUCACGUCCCCAAUUUUCAGAGGCCACUAUCAAGAAAGAAUGUAACUGGGCGAAUGGCUGCAAACAGGCGCAGAAGCUUUGAUGAGAGCCAGUUUUCUCCUGGAGAGAUGUCAAGUUAUACGGAUGGUCCAGCUUCUCUCAAUGAUGCUCUGAGUGAUGGGCUUAGUUCUGGUUCUGAUUGGAAUGCAAGGGUUGCUGCAUUUAACUAUCUGCGCUCAUUGCUGCAGCAAGGCCCUAAAGGAGUUCAAGAAGUUACACAAAGUUUUGAGAAAGUGAUGAAGUUAUUUUUCCAGCACUUGGAUGAUCCCCACCAUAAAGUGGCACAAGCAGCUCUAACAACACUUGCAGAUAUCAUUCCAGCUUGUCGAAGACCCUUUGAAAGUUACAUGGAGAGAAUAUUACCCCAUGUUUUCUCUCGGUUAAUUGAUCCAAAGGAAUCAGUAAGGCAACCUUGCUCAACAACAUUAGAAAUUGUCGGCAAAACUUAUGGUGUGGAUUCCCUGUUGCCAGCUUUGCUCCGCUCCUUAGAUGAACAACGAUCCCCCAAGGCAAAACUGGCCGUAAUAGAGUUUGCUAUUGUUUCCUUCAAUAAGCAUGCAAUAAACUCCGAGGGUGCUGGCAAUAGCGGCAUCUUAAAGUUAUGGCUUGCUAAAUUAGCACCAUUGGUCCAUGACAAAAAUACAAAACUGAAGGAAACAGCUAUAACAUGCAUCAUCUCUGUUUACUCUCAUUUUGAUUCAACAUCCGUUUUGAAUUACAUUCUUAGUUUAUCCGUUGAAGAACAGAAUUCUUUAAGGCGAGCGCUUAAGCAACAUACACCUCGUAUAGAAGUGGACUUGAUGAAUUAUCUGCAACAGAAGAAAGACAGACAGCGGUCUAAGUCCUCUUUUGAUCCAUAUGAUGUUGUCGGGACCUCUUCUGAGGAAGGAUAUAUUGCAGUAUCGAAGAAGACUCCCUUGUUUGGAAGGUAUUCUGGCAGUUCCAUUGAUAGUGAUAGUGGUAAGAAAUGGGUAUCUGCCCAAGAAUCCACCCAGAUCACUAGCGCUGUUGGUCGAGCAGCACUUGAUGGAAGUGAGGACCAGCUGUAUCAGGGUCUCGAUAUUGGUUCCAAUGGGGUACAGAAUGCCAAGGAUGCAAAGUAUGCGGUUAAUGCCUCAAGUGAAACGGUGGCAUCUUGGGCUAUCCGGUCUGAACACUUAGAGAGCAAUACUGACAUGGAAACCGCUUCGGCACCUCCUCUCAAUGGACUAGUUAGCUCUGAUAAUCAACAGGUUGCUGUUGGCCAUAAUCUUGGUAAUGAGGGCCCACAUGAUUUGGAACUUAGUCUUUCAAAACUUGCAUCUUUAAAGAUCAAUUCUUCUCCUGAUGCUAAACCAAGCAUCCCUCAAAUCCUUCAUCUGAUUUGUAAUGGGAAUGAUGAAUGUUCUACCACAACCAAGCGCAAUGCUCUUCAGCAGCUAGUUGAUGCUUCUGCGGCUAAUGAUUCCUCCAUAUGGACCAAGUAUUUCAAUCAAAUUUUGAUGGUUGUACUUGAGGUUUUGGAUGAUGCUGACCCAUCAAUUCGGGAGCUUGCUCUUUCAUUGAUAUCUGAAAUGUUGAAGAACCAGAGAGAGGCCAUGGAAGAUUCUAUUGAGAUUGUAAUUGAAAAAUUAUUACAUCUUACAAAGGAUACGAUCCCAAAAGUAUCAAAUGAAGCAGAACAUUGCUUAACUCUUGUUCUGUCUCAAUAUGAUUCUUUCAGAUGUUUGAGUGUUAUCGUGCCAUUAUUGGUUACUGAAGAUGAGAAAACUCUUGUUACGUGUAUAAACUGUUUGACUAAGCUUGUGGGUAGGCUUUCCCAGGAGGAACUAAUGGCUCAGUUACAAUCUUUUUUGCCUGCUCUUUUUGAUGCUUUUGGUAACCAGAGUGCGGAUGUUCGCAAGACUGUUGUAUUUUGUCUAGUAGACAUCUACAUAAUGCUUGGAAAAGCGUUCUUGCCAUAUUUGGAAGGUCUUAACAGUACACAGUUGCGGUUAGUAACGAUAUAUGCAAACCGUAUAUCACAAGCGAGGACGGGGACUCCUAUCCAGGAGUAGGUCGAGAUAGAGUGUAUGUUUUGGUUGAAGUUGUAUAUUUGUAUGGUUGUGAUCAUGUAUGUGUGCAUUGCUGGGGUUGGGUUUUGUUGGUUAAAUUCUUUUUGUUUUUAAUUUGGUUGGAGUUGAGGGCGAGUGUGGUUUUGUGGAAACAUGAUUUUUAACACUAGUUAACAAAUUGUAUCUUGUGGCUUU